AGGUGCAAGGAAGAUUCUCGAUAUGCAGUGGCAUCUAUGCAGGGUUGGCGCAUUGAAAUGGAGGACGCACACGUAGUGCAAAUUUCAAUGUCCAGCGAACCACCGUUCAAGGAUUGGUCAUUUUAUGCAGUUUUCGAUGGACAUGCUGGAAGUAAAGCAGCGUGGUUUCAUUCAAAUCAUUCUAGUAUGUUGCAGGUUGUAAAAAAAUUGAAUCAAGCUGGAGGAACAUUGGAUGAUCAAACUAUUGAGUUAUUGAAGGAGGGAAUCACGGAUGGUUUUCUUAAGAUGGAUGCAGAAAUGAAGAAAGGCAGUGAAGAAGAUGAAGAAGCAGAAAGAAGUGGAACCACAGCGAUCUGCGCCAUCGUAACACCGACUCAUAUUGUUCUUGCAAAUCUUGGCGACUCACGAGCUAUAUUGUCGAUGAAGGACUCGGGACCAUUUGGAACUGAGGAUCAUAAACCAUACUUACAGAAGGAACGCGAAAGAAUAGUGAACGCUGGUGGUUCUGUUAUGAUUCAACGUGUAAAUGGUAGUUUAGCAGUCUCUCGAGCUUUUGGAGAUUUUGAAUAUAAAGCAGUUCCGGGACUGAAACCAACGCAGCAACUUGUUAGUCCAGAGCCCGAUAUCUACGUGUUGAAAAGGAAUCCUGAAAAGGAUGAAUUCUUGCUACUGGCAUGUGACGGCGUAUAUGACGUUAUGGGGAAUGAAGUGCUUUGUGAAUUUGUGCGGUCUCGCCUGCGCGUGAAGGAUGAUUUAUCUGCCGUAGCCAAUGAGGUGUUGGACACAUGUUUAUCGAAGGGUUCGCGUGAUAACAUGACUAUCAUCCUAGUUUGCUUUAAAGCAGCUCCAAAAGUUGAUCAAAAGUUUGUCGAGGAAGAAGCGCGUUGGAGAGAGAAGGUAGCAGAUUUUGUGAAAUGUAAGUUAUUGAUUUUACAUUGUUACAGCUGA